AUGGCCACCCCCGUAAACCCCCUCGACCACCUCGCCAUCCAGAACGUCCUCGCCCGCUACUGCGAAGCCCUCGACACAAAAAACUGGUCUCUCCUGCAAAAAGUCUUCGUCCCCGACGUGCAAGCAGACUACCCCUUCAACCGUGGGCUCAAAGGUGCAGACGCCGUCGCAGACGCAAUCAAGAAUAGACUUGGGCCUAUACGCACACAUCACUCCCUCACCACGUGCAGUGUAACCUUCCAGCCUAAUAAGAAUUCCCCAUCAGGGAAAUCCGCGACAGCAGUUACUUACUUCGUUGGAUGCCACUUCGGCCAAGGGCCGCACGAGGGGAAGGUGCUGCAAGCGUAUGGGCGGUAUGUAGAUGAGCUUGAGGUGCAGGAGGUAGGGCCGGGCGGGGAUUACGAGGGCGUGCAGGGCGCGAGUGGGGUGUGGAGGAUACGCAGGAGGGAAGUGGGGUUCACUCAGAGGGUAGGGGAUGAGAAGAUCAUGAAAGAGUUUUGA